CCGCCCGACCGUUCCGCUUCCCCCGCGGUUUCUUGGAUUCUCGCUCGACUCGCCCCGUCGUCCGCGAAAAAACCCUAGCUUUUCUUCUAGUAAUCCGGCCGGCGAGAACCAGGGGAGAAGAUAAGAGAUGCAGUGGGAGAUCAUUCACAUACCUGCGAAGUCCUCAUCUUCCCUCGAGCAGUCCACCGUUGAUGUGUUAGCUUCUAAUAUUGAGCCGAAGCUUGCAAACAGCCUUGUGAGGCAGCUGAACCAGGUUUGCCCCCUUGAGAAUCUUCGCCAUGUGAAACGGGUCCGGAGGAGGUCUGUCGAAGGGAAAUUUGAAUUGUCGGUGAUUUUAUGCCUUUACGUUGAAAAUGAAAAUCACAUGGAGGACAUACCAAAUGAUGUGCUUCAGCUUAUAAAUGCCCACCAGUUGAGCCUUUUCAAUGCAAAAGUUGCAAAGAAUGCUGCUACAUCAAAAGAAGAAUGGGAAGAACAAUGCAAACUUUGGCCAACAUCCUAUCAUCCAUCAACCAAUCCUGAUGGCAUCACUGGGUUUAAUGAAGAGGAAUCAAAAUAUGUCUUCAAAUACAUGAAAGUGGCGAUCCACCUAGCAAAAUCACACUACCAUGGUGAUAAGGUUGUAAAUGCUGCUGUGAUAGUUGAUCCUUCAUGUAGGCAAAUUAUUGCAAGUGCUUGUGACCAAACAUGCCCAAUGUCUACAUUGACAAACGAAACUGGCUCGAUAGAUGUCAGUUGCAUUGAACGGGAAGCAAAUACUGCCUCCACUCAUUCUGAUGCAGAUGGACUAGCAAGCAGUAACGAAUGUUUAUUUCCAAAUUUCUCACCUCAUGAAUGCAGUGAUGUGUACUCUGGCGUUUGUUGUUUAAACCCUUGGGGAUGGGCAGAACAAAGACCAUACCAUCAACAAUCUGAACGUCAAUGUGGAAACAACCAUCCCUGGCAUCCUUUGAGGCAUGCUGCUCUUGUUGCUAUUGAAAAAGCUGCUGAAAGGGAUAGGCAGCUAUUCCCCAGCGUAGGAUCAUCAAACAAUCCGUCUAAUUCAGAUGAUGAUUUAAAGUUUGCUUCUGAUAGCAGCCCGGCAAAGAGACAGAAGACCCAGAUUUUGAAAACUGAGGACUGUGCCAAUUGUUUGUCUCCUGAAGCAAUGCGACCUUAUCUGUGCACGGGUUUUGAUAUCUACCUUCUAUGGGAGCCGUGUACAAUGUGUGCAAUGGCACUUGUUCAUCAAAGAAUUCGGCGCAUUUUCUACACCUUCCCAAAUCCAAGUGCUGGUGCAUUGGGUAGUGUCUACAGACUUCAAGGAGAGAAAAGCUUGAACCAUCAUUACUCUGUAUUCAGAAUUUUGAUACCUGAAAAAGCCCUUUACCAGGUAGAAUCAAAUGGUUCAGAUGCCUGUCCAUGGCAAAAUUGAUGACUGGUAAAUGUUUUUUGAGAGAGAGGGAGGGAAGAGCUAUCUAAAGUAAAUUACCCAGGUCCAAGUACUUGGGAAUACACCAAAUAUGACACGGAGAACCUCCUCCAAGGAGAGGUAUGUGAACAUCAAGGCAUAUCACCAGUUUACAGAUUCUGAGAAAUCAUUGGAACACUUGUAUUCUUUUCAGGUGUUACAGUCACCAUUAAUAUGCAAGAAAUUAUAUCUAUUCCAUGUUUAUCUAAACAGUUUCACCAGGGAUGACAAGUGGAUAUAUUAUAAUAGUUUCAGCAUUUU